AUGGAGGCUUUCCCCUGGGCGCCCCGCUCGCCCCGCCGCGGCCGCGCCCCCCCGCCCAUGGCGCUCGUGCCCAGCGCCCGCUACGUGAGCGCCCAGGGCCCGGCGCACCCGCAGCCCUUCAGCUCGUGGAACGACUACCUGGGGCUCGCCACGCUCAUCACCAAGGCGGUGGACGGCGAGCCGCGCUUCGGCUGCACAGGCGGCGGGGACGGUGGCGGCGGAGGCGGCGGUUCUCCGCCCUCCUCUUCCUCCUCGUCCUGCUGCUCCCCCCACGCGGGGGCCGGGCCCGGGACGCUGGGGCCGACUCCGGGGCCGCCCGACUACGACGAGGACGACGACGACAGCGACGAGCCGGGGUUCCGGGGCCGCUACGUGGGGGGCGCGCUGGAGCUGCGCGCGCUGGAGCUGUGCGCGGGCCCCGCCGAGGCCGGGCUGCUGGAGGAGCGAUUCGCCGAGCUGAGCCCCUUCGCGGGUCGCGCCGCCGCCGUGCUGCUGGGCUGCGCGCCCGCCGCCACCACCUCCUCCGAGGUGACGCCGCGCGAGGAGCGGGCCCCGGCGUGGGCGGCCGAGCCCCGACUGCACGCGGCCUCCGGGCCGGCGGCCGCCCGGUUGCUCAAGCCCGAGCUGCAGGUGUGCGUGUUCUGCCGGAACAACAAGGAGGCCGUGGCGCUCUACACCACCCACGUCCUGAAGGGCCCCGACGGCCGAGUGCUGUGCCCCGUGUUGCGCCGCUACACGUGCCCCCUGUGCGGCGCCAGCGGCGACAACGCCCACACCAUCAAGUACUGCCCGCUCUCCAAAGUGCCGCCGCGCAGCGCCAGGGACGGCCUGACCGGCAAGAAGCUGCGCUGAGGGCCUGGGCUCCGGGCUGCUGCUGACACCUGCCGCCGCCGGGCGGUGGGGGGGGCCGCCUACCGUCUCUCCCUUCGGGUCUGCGCACCGUCUCGCCCUCGCCGUGGAGGAAGCGUGGACAUCAGCAGCUGGCUGAACUGGGGACAUCGUCUUGGGUGGCUUUUCAGAAGAAGCCGAGUCUCUGGAGUACGUGUCGAGCGGUUGACACUAGGCGCUAAGAUCUUGGUUUGUCUCUGCGGUUUCUAGUUUACGCACGUCCAGAACGGCGAAGGCUGGGGGUGCGUCCCACUACCUGAAAGAUGGCAACUUAGAGGCACUGUUCACUUACUGUACACGUCAGCCUGUUUUAGAUGCGUACCGUAUGAAAUGGUCUUAAUCGAAUCUUGGGUGUUUCAUUUUAUGGAUGGAGGCACUCUACUGGGUCUAGAAUAUUUUUUUAAAAGCCUCUGGACUGAGCAUAAAACUGGCGAUUUUAUGGAAUGCCGGCAAACGACUUCUGUUGUUUGAAGCAAGUAAUAUCUUAGUUGUGCUUAAUCGGUUAUUCUAAUUCCAGGUGAAGCGAUCCCUUGUAGCAUCAGCGCUAUGGGAAGUGAAGGUUUAGUAGUAAACUUUCCGGUAUUAAUUUGGGUGGGUACUCUCUCCUCGUGGCUUGUUUCCCUCCUAGAUGGAGGUGUAAAAUGCACAAUCUGUAGCAGGUAGAAUGCAAUUCUUUAUCCUUUUAUGUACCAGAUCUUAUUACUGAACUAGCAAGUAGCCUUUUUCCACCUUUAAAAAUUGUGCCAAGUAAUAAUCAUUU